AUGGCUGAGGAAUGGGUGACAGAGAGCAAUGAAAUGGUGGUCAUGGACGAACCAAUGGGACAGGCUGAGUUGCCUGAGGUGAAACUGUUCGGGAAAUGGUCACUUGAUGAAGUUCAUGUAUCCGAUAUUUCUCUUGUGGAUUAUGUGGCAGUGAAGAAUAAAUCAGCCAAGUAUCUGCCACAUUCGGCCGGUCGUUAUCAAGUGAAACGAUUCAGAAAGGCAACUUGUCCAAUCGUUGAACGACUUGCGUCGUCGAUGAUGAUGCAUGGACGUAACAAUGGCAAGAAACUGAUGACAGCAGUUUGGUUGUUGUGCACCGGUGCUCGUGAAGCGGCAUUCCGUAAUAUCAAGACAAUCGCAGAAUGUUUGGCUGAUGAGUUGAUCAAUGCUGCCAAAGGAUCAAGCAAUUCGUAUGCAAUCAAAAAGAAGGACGAAUUGGAACGUGUUGCUAAAUCGAACCGUUAA